CUCGCGUACACACACGUGUUUGUCCCUUCAAUAUCAAAUCUGGCAUCUGGCUCUUAAUUCACACGGCGUUCAGCCUCCACUGUGCCACUUUUGCCAGUCCUGUGGAAGCUCAGGGUGAUGAGCGGAAGCUGAGCGUCUGUCUGACAAUGUGUCGGAAUGUAGUGAGGCUGGAGGCAACGCGUUUUCUCUCCCUUUCGUUUUCCACCGCACAGGCUGCCUUUUACGGCGCACUUGCGCAAUAGCAGAGAGAGCUGCGGAAAGUCUGUGCGUCUCGUUUUCUCACCUCGCGUACAUACAGCGAAGGAGGGGGGUGAGUUUGAGGAGGCGAGAGGGAAAUCCAUGACUUCCGCGUUUUUCCUCCUUGACUGAAACUGAGUACAUAGUACAGCAGGGUAUAAAAAGCCAUCAUGGCACUCAAAGCCGCGACAUUCAGCGAGCGACGCGGACUGGGCUGUGGGUAAACAAGAGGAGUAUUCUGUGUGGAGGUAAAACACCUGGAGCUGUACAACUUUCAAAGCUUGCAUCUGCACCUCAAGCCUUUAUAUCCUCCGAACCCAAAAACCGAACGCUCUCCUCGAAGCUCAGGGACCUUACUGCCUAACGAUGGGACAGCAAAACAAUGAGAUGGACGUCGAGUCUCUCAAGAGGAGCGUGCGCCAGCGUGGAAGCUGCCUGGACUUUUUUCUCGUCAUCUCCAUCGUUUUUCUCUUUGUAGCGAUGGCAGGGAUGGCUGUCGGCGGAGUGCUGUUUGUGAACGAUCUGCGGACCAAACUGGACUCCUCGCCUAAGACCAUGAAGUUUGAGACAGAGAAGCUGACAGGAGACGAACCAACAUACAAGAUGCAGAACUUUGUCUAUCUGGAAGUCGGCUCAAGCGUGUUGCAAAACUACACCAUGUCCUGGCACCCAGUCAUGUAUCUUAGUGGCUCAUCUAUUGGAAGCAACUUCGUGUAUGAUGAACAUCAGAAAUCUCUGAUGCCCAAACAGGAGGGGACCUACUUCAUAUACAUUGAGCUCAACCUCACCUGCAUCUAUGACUGCAAAGAAGGCCUGCUCAGCAUGCACGUGGACGAUAAGCUCACCUGCGAGGUACAGCUUCCGGCUGUGGCAGAUUCAAAGCCUGUGAGCACAAAGUGCUGGACAGUGAGCCACAUUAAGGGGCAGAGACUACUCACUCAGAUGACUGUCCCUGAGGGGGGGCUGAAGAACUGGAAACUGGAGUUGAACGGCUCAGGCCUGGGGAUGUUCCUUGUGAACUAGUGUGGGCACUGUAGUGUUACCCGUCAUCAAGACGACUUUGAUUGUCACAAAAGAACACCAGCAGUUUUUGUUUCCUUUAAGUCAGAUGAGGAGAACAUGGGCGGGCACAGGUGCCAAAACUACGACCAAGCUUACUGCAAACUGAAGGUGUGAGAUGAUGAAGCACAGCACGAUUUUAAGGUGGAAUACGAAGACACGUUGCAUUCAGUGCAAACAACACAAAAUACUUGACACUCACUUCAUUUUCAUUUUCUAUAAAUAUGUAUAUAUGUUACUCUGUAUAAGACAUAUUUAUUUGGUGAUAUGGAACUAUUUAUAUACCCAUAUUUAUAUUUGUGUUGCUAAUAUUUUCUGGAUGUUUAUUUUGAUGUAGAUAUCACUACGUUAGUGUUGAUGUGCAAUACACUGCAAGUUUAAUCAGCCUGCAAUGGUUGAAAUGUGACUCUUCUAUAUACCACUGUUUUCAUUUUAUGAAUGGCUGAGGGCAUAAAGUUGAGCCUUAAAAACAAUGUGUAUAAUGUGUAUGAUUCUGCUCCAAAACCCCAACAAGCUCUGCAGGGACCUCAUUCAGUUAACUUCACUGUCCACACUUGUAGUCAUUUUAUCUCUGGUGAACAUAGUGGAGUAAUAGUGAUGAAUAACUGUGAAUGCAGAAUAAUUUUUACAGAACCAAGGCCCCAUGGAAAUGAUCCUUCUGUAAUCAAAACUUAACAAAAAGUACAAAAGUAGUUUUAACAUGUGGACUCACACAUUGAAACAAUGUUUUGCUUUUGAAAAAUAUGUAAGUCCUACGGACAAACUGCAACAUGGAUUCAGUGAACACUGAGAUGGUUUUGGUGUGAAACGUCAAAAAUGACGAGAGUGAGAUUGCAACAAAACCUUAAAGCGGAAUGUAUGAAAAAAUUAUAGAUAAAGGAAAGUUCCCUGAUGUUACGCAGCCAUUACCGAGAACUGCAUGUACAUCACUUCCCGUUUAUUUACCAUACAGUGUGGUUAGUUACCCUAACCAAAAAAAAAGAAAAAAAAGUCAUAGGCCAGCCAAACACACAAUUACCUCAUGUGCUGUACAAAACCAAGGUGCAGAUGUCAGGCUAUGGUUUUCAUUUUUUCAAUGCACACACGACAAAGCACAGGGCAUAUUUUCUUCAUGGUGGCCACUUUGUCUUACACUAUUUAUUCCACAUGCAAGAAGCACAUAAACAAUUCAUUGUUUAGGUUCGCAAUAACAUAUAAGUGGUGGGGGAUGUAUUUAGAUCUGUUACUUAUAGGUGAAUAAUCAAAAUAAAGCUCUAAAAACCCA